GCGAACAGUGCAAAAUGUGCUCACUGUCAAAUCAGUGACAAAAUGCGAAAGCACUUGACUGAUGUGGUGGCUGAGAAAACGGUGCUGCUUGAAAAAUGUCAAAAGGAGUGUCUUGAUGCUAAGAAACGUGCAGAGCAGUCUGAUCGUAUCUCUCACAUAUUAUCAAAAGAUAAUGAGAAGUUAAAAUUUGAAUUGAAUAGAUGGAAAUUAGAUGCUGAGCGAAAUAUCACAGAGAUAUCGCGAUUAAAGGAGGAGUUAAGGAAACUGACAAGUACGGUCCCACCAAAUAGCACCUAUGCCCCACAGAGCAGAAUUGAGCCCCAGACACCCAAGGAUAGCCCGCAUACGACUGGUUCAUUGGUCAGUCAUAGCGUAUCCCAAUCGCCCAUAUCACAGUCACCUGCUUAUACUGAUCCGAACGGAGAGAACUAUCAAGAGUGCAUGCAAUUUGUGCGAUCAGAAAGACAAUCGUGCAAUAAAGCUUUCGAAUGCUAUGUGUCUGGUUUUACGGCAACGGAUCCCCUUUGCUGGGGAGAUAACAAAAUUCUUACUUGUCGUAGAGGUAAAAAAUGGGCAUCAAAAGAGUACGACGGCUCUAUGUGGUUUCAACCUGUGCUUAGAGCGCAUACUCCCAGACCAUCAGAAGAAAACUUUGUUUCCUGUCUUUUGGAAUCUUUAAUGGUGCUGGAAAUCUCUCCUAUCAGUAGAAUCGCAGCAGCUGAACCGCCCGCUCCUGUACAAUCUACACAGUCAAUGAAGUUUUUAGCCGCAGCGGCUGACUCGCCCGCACCUUUACAAUCUACACAGAAAGAAGAAGAAAACGAUGGUUUCUACGAUAAUGUGUACCAUAGAUUGCAUAAAAGAAAUAAAGAGAACAUGGUCAUGUAUGCACUUCUCAUAGCUAUUGUGAUUUCUCUCCUUAUAUUGCUUCUGCACACACAAAACUCAAACUGAAGCUCAAAUUGUCCGCGAUUGCAAUUUUCAUGUAUAAUGAAACCUAUUUCAUCAAAGUACAUUACUGAAUUUUCUGAAUAAAUAUUUGAAAGAG